UAUCGAAGACAAACCUCAGCAGGACAACAGCACUGUACAGUCACGGAUCGCUCUCUCCUCUUUCCUUUUGCUGGUCAUGUAGUGCAGGAGGUCGAUUGUCGGAAACGACACAUUUCCAGCCCUAGAAAAAAUGAAAUAAUACAAAGGAAAAGGUACCGACAUAAGCGACGAAGGUGAUGGGGUGGCAGCUGUCGAGUCGUAUCCGACGAAAUGGUGGCAGAAGAUUUCAGCUCAACACCUUGCCCUCUAUCAAAGGAAUCACAUCAUGAAAAAGUUUUAUUACAAACAGGCGAUGCACAUGGAGUCUGUGAUGAAGAUUUUACCUCGCCCGCUUGGCAGCUGGUGUCAGCUUCUUUUAAAACACCAUCUCUUGAUGCACUGGAAGAUUCACCCGAAGCAAAACAAAAAUACUUCAAAAAAUGCGUGCCCCUAUACACGGCUGCAGUAAAUGGUCACUGGGAAGCGGCUAAUAGAAUCAUGAAUGAAGAUGACACUCUUUUACAUGCAUCUAUCACGAAAGGAUGGCAGACUGUUCUUCAUGUUGCCGCAGGAGCAAAACAUGUUCACUUUGUGAAAGAGUUGCUGAAAUUGUUGGACGAACACGACCUAGAAUUACAAGAUCAAAAGGGCAAUACAGCCUUUUAUCAUGCUGUUGCAGCUGGAACCAUACCAGUGGCUAAGAUUUUGAUGCAAAAGAAUCCAAGGCUGCUAGAAAUUCGGGGAGGUCAAGGAUUGUCACCACUCUAUUAUGCUGCUUUGUUUGGACAUGACAAGAUGGCUUCGUAUCUCUACCCUAAACUCAUAGAACUUGUUAAUGAGGAGGAAAGAGCUGGGAUAUUUUUCAGCUGCAUUAACAACGGUUUAUAUGAACUAGCAUUGAAAAUGCUUAAAGAAUAUCCGGCGCUUGCAGUGGUUCGCAACGCGAAUAGUGAGACAGCAUUGCAUUUGUUGGCUCAGAAGCCUUCAGCAUUCUCCAUCAAAACUUCAAGAAUAUUGAAAAACUUCCUUUAUUCUUGUACAAACAAGAGAAACUUGACAACAACGCCCUGCUAUCAAUUACUGAAAUGUCUUUGGGAAAAGGUUUUAUGGCAAAAUGACUCGACUCUUAUCGACGUUAUAAGAAGGCCUUCAAAUGUACUAUUUAUCGCAACAAAGCUGGGAAACUUUAAGUUCGUGGCUGAGCUUAUUGGCUCUUAUCCUGAUUUGAUAUGGGAAACUGAUGAAAGCAAUCAGAGUUUAUUCCACAUCGCAGUCGCAUACCAUCAGGCAAGCAUAUUCAGUCAGGUACAAAAGCUGGGUUUAAAUAAGAAUAUCGUGCUCUCGUUUAUAGAUGAUAAGAACAACAACAUACUGCAUUUAGCGGCGAAGUUAGCUCCACCAAAUCAAUUGAAUACCGGGACAAGAUCUACCAUUCAAAUGAAACGAGACUUAUCAUGGUUUAAGGAAGUGAAAAAGUUCGUUCCACCAUCCUACCAAGAGAUGAAAAACUCAGAAGGCAAAACACCAAAGGAUAUAUUUAUCGAAGAACAUAAAAUGUUUAUCGGGAAAAGGAGUGUGGUUUCCAUCCCAAUGCAUAAAGCAAGUGCAAUGGAGGCUUUAAAUCAAGCUCAACCACCACCGGGCUCCAAUAUUUACAACCCUAAGCUGCAAAAAAAUAUAGACAUGUUUUGCGAACGGGGUCUAGCUCAAUGAAAAAUAGUCUUGAUUUGCAGAUUAAAGGUCUCAAGUUCGAAUCUUCAUGGUACUUUGAUAGUAUGUGUGUGUGUGAAAUCUCAUUCCCUCUUGUAGUUUAAACUAUCAUUUGUGGUUGUAGCCCAUUUAACCCAAACAGGUUCCACGUGAAGCAAAGACAUCUUCCAUUCACUCGUGGAGAAUGCGUGGCUGGGGAGGUACUUGCCAACAUUUGCAAUAGUGUGAGACUAGCUACGCAAUAAAUGCUAUUAUUAUUAUUUUUUAUUUUAAGGUUAAUUACAGUUUAAUACCCUGUGGUUACAUCCUUAAGACAUGUUAGUCUUUACCGUCUUAAUUUUUACAAUAACACCCAAUUUUUUAAA